UAUCUUCAAACUUUUUCUUCUCUUUCUGCUCUAUAACCCAAAACACAGUCAUACUUGACUUUCAUAUCUAAUUUUGCAGUCAUAUCUGACUUUGCUGCAAAAGCAAAGGGUCCAACGAGUGCGAAAAGUGGUUUAAAGACACCAUAUAACUCGUAUCUGACAAGAAUAAACACUGCCCUAUAAUAUGAUGGCAUGACUCAGUAAUAUGAAUACAUAUUCAAAAUAUACAUUAUUUUUCUAUCUUUAUGUCCAGGUGAGAGGUAUUUAACGUACUUUUUUCACCUUUACACGUUCUUAUGUAGCGCUGCAAUUUAUAUGUAUAUAUAUAUACGCCGGUUUUCUUUCUUGCUUUCAGAGCAGCAAACAUGCUUUUUACACUCAUAUUAUAUUCGAUAAUUUUAAUUCUGAUUUUUACUUAUAUUUUUGUUCACGUUAAACAAUAUGAAUAUUUUAAAGUACGUCAAAUACCCGGACCCACGCCAUCCUAUUUCUUUGGUCAUGUGCGAACCCUAUGGAAUGCUAAAUCUCCAUCUCGACAAUUAGUCGAAUGGUCUAAACAAUUUGGAAAAAUAUAUGGCAUAUUUGAAGGCACCCGACCAUUUUACAUUGUGUCCGAUGUUGAUUUCUUACAAGAAGUGUUCAUUAAACAAUUUUCACAUUUUUCAAUUCGAAAAACGACCGUAUUUACAAAAGCACUUAACAAAGGUAAACACAUUCACUUGUUCAAUGCCCUAGGCACGAGAUGGAAACGUCAACGAAAUGUCAUAAAUCCUACAUUUUCUGCUAUUAAACUAAAACAAAUGUCACCGCUCAUAAAUGCCUGUAUCAAUGAAUUAAUGAAAAAAUUACCCUACUAUAGUGAAAAACAUGAAGACUUCAAUAUUUAUGCAUUGUACAAACGAAUGACCAUGGAUGUUAUAUGUCGAUGUGCUUUUGGUGUUGAUACUGAUAUGCAGAACAAUCCAGAUAACAUCUAUUUGAAAAAGGUGGCUCAAGUAUUUACAAUUGAUAUUCGGAAGUUGUCAGUGUUCAAACUGGGUACAUUAGUUCCACCGUUGGGAGCCACUCUCGGCAUUCUAUUUUUAUUUCAUAACAGUGUUAAACAAAAAUUGAAUCAGCUGUUUCCAUCAACUACCAAAAACUUAGAACAAUCUCCAGUCUCCUGGAUCAUGGAACGCGUUGACGAAGUUGUUGAAAUGCGAUCAGACGUAGCUAAGCAGCGAGUUGAUUUAUUGCAAUUAAUGCUGGAAGCAGCAAGCCGUGAACAUAUAAAAGAUAAAAACGGCGAUAUCGAUGAUCAAUAUAUUGCAAAAAAAUUGACGUACGAUGAAGUUAUUGUUAACGGUUUCCUAUUUAUGGUGGCGGGUUAUGAAACAACAUCAACAGCUCUUGCCUAUUGCACAUAUGUUUUGGCUAAUCAUCCAGAGGAACAACUUAAACUGCAACACGAAAUUGAUGAAUGUCUCUCACAAAAUGAGGAUGGGAAAGAUCCUGACUAUGAUGCGAUAAAUCAAAUGCCAUACAUGGACAUGGUCAUCAAAGAAGUACUUAGGAUGCAUCCAAUAGCAAUAUCAGCAGUUGUUAAUCGUGAAUGUAUACAGGAAACAGAUGUUUGUGGAAUCAAAAUAACUAAAGGUAAAUAA